UCAUAAAUAUUCUCUGACAGAGUGAUGCAAGUUGAAGCUGUGAGCUGUUUAAGGCUGCCUAUACAAAAACUUCAUCCAGACUAAUAGUACAACCGUCUAUACACUGAAUUGGAAAAUCAUGCCUUUUUUUUAUAUACUCAUCAGAUUAGUUAAAAAACAUUAAAUGAAAUAUCACCAGUUUGAAAUGAUCAGGCUUCUUCACUUCAGGAGUCCAUAGAAAAGCAAUCAUCGUGAUAACCUUCAGUUGUCAAGUUUCUCCUUAACUCUGAUGACUCCAACCAGAACGUUAUGGUUGAAUUUGCCGAGGUGUCCCAUAAUACCAAAGCAGUCAAAUCGAUACAAACACAAACCGGUACCAGUGCAAAACUGUCCCAACUUCAUUAGGAACAAAUUUACAAUAAACUUUAAUACUAAACAUACUAUUUUUAAUGCUAUUUGGCCGCUUAUGUUUACGAUACUUCCCAAGUCUCUUGUAAAUGUAUAUAGUGUCUCUGUCUCUGGGUCUGUGAACCUGCUUUCUCUUGCGCUCUCUGUUCUAUCUGGAUGGUCAGCUGGUCUCCUUGGAAAGCCUCAAGAUUCCAAGAGAGGUCUGCAGCUUGGGUGCAAGAACUGCGGCCAUGCGUAUUGUUCAUCAUGUCUCAGCUAUAGCACCUUGGUCCCUCGUUGUGGGAAUACACAGCAAAAGGUCUGCAGGCAGUGCCAUGGAACCCUCACAAGGUUCCAAUCAUGUCUUUAUGCAGUGAAAGGGGAGACAUUGCUUGGCAGGCACAGAAGAUCUGGGAAACAGGAUAAUGCUGCAAAAUGGUCUCCACCAGAGAAUUACAAAAAGCGAGUAGCUGCUCUGGAGGCUAAACAACAGGAACAAACAGCAGCAAACAAAGCGGGUAGUCACACACCAAACAUGAAGUAUCUAGGUCUAUCAAAAGAGGACCGAGCCAUUGCUGAGCGACUGGAGAAGUUAAAGGAAGAAACCAAACUGAAAUCUAUACCUUCUCAGCAGGAGAUUGAAAUGCGAUUGGCCGCACUAAAGAAGGACCCUCAGCGACCUAUACUCUCCACAGCAGAGAUGGAGGACAGAUUAGCUCUGUUAAAGGGUCAGCCACCACCUUCAAAAGCACCCAGACCUAGUUAUCAGGGUCCUGAUACUAGGACUCAGACGGAACAAGUCAAUGACCUCUUCAAACAAAUGUCAGAAGAAGCAGCCUUAGAUCAAAAGUACGGCCCUGGUCUUGAAGAUGGUGAGAUGAAUGACCUGAAUAAAGGAAUUGAUCCACGUAAUUUCAACAAUGCAGCCGACAAUAACACCAAAAGCUUUGAGGAAGAGAAGAGUAAUCUGCUGGACCAGGCAACAGCGGAGCUGAAGCAGGACAAUUUGCACAAGGAGCAAGUUUCAAAGAUCUCCCAGAGACUGGCCACACUGAAAGGAGAAGACACCAAAGCUGCUGUCGUUGACUGGAAAUAUGCUGAGCUGGACAGUGAUGAAGAAAAUGAAGAGCUGCUUAGCCAGCGAAUUCUGAAACAGGUUAAUGAAGAAAUUGCCCUGGAUGAAGCAAGUGGUUAUAACAUCCCUCUAGAGCGACCUAAGCCAGCUCAGGCCACACCGGCUGGGAAGAAGUUGCAGUCGACACCCACAGUGCCAACUGCUGAGGCAACAGACAGUGAUGAGGAACUGCCUUGGUGCUGCAUCUGCAAUAGUGAUGCUGUGAUCCGUUGUCGUGACUGCGAUGGAGACCUCUACUGCCAGAGAUGUUUCAGGGAGGGUCAUGAUAAAUUUGAAAGAAAAGAACACAGAACAUCCAAGUACCGUCCACCAAACAAGAAGAAAUAACAUCCACAUCAACAUCCUUGUGAAAUCUCCCACCAUCUGACACUAAGGAAGUUUGAACUAGAUGUGAAAAUCUAGAUUAUAAAUUAACACUGAGCAAGAACAAGUGUGACAGAAAUUGCCCCAUACAAAUGAUGCCAUACAUAUUGAUGUGCAGCAGCCAGCUCCUGACUGAGAAGCAUCCAGCGUUGUCUUAUUUUUUUGCAGUGUUCCUGGGAGUCUGCCGCACCAUAAAAUUUUUUUGUGGAUUUUUUUAUGCAUGUCCACGGCAACACCUUAUCUCGGGACCUCUUUUCAUUUGGAAAUGUUGUGCAUUAACAGAUUAAAUGACGCUCAGUUUACAAUCCUGAAUCCAAUUUUGAAUAUGUUAAUUAGAGAUAAAAGGAUACAAGCAGAGGUUUAUAUUGGAGCUCACUGAAAUCAGUGUUGGUUAACAGAAUGAAAUUGUACUAUAACUUGACAAAUUUAAAUAUGUACACACUAUUGAAAAUAAUGUUUGCCCUCCCUCAGCAGUCAUUUGUAACAGACCGAUAUUUUCUUAAUGGAAAUAGAUUACAACUACGUUUCUUUUUUUUUGAAAGCUACAAAGAUUUUUAAUCCUCAGUCGUCACCAUGCUGUGGGUCAUCUGUUCUCCUUUUCCAUGAAUACCAAUUUCACGACCAACUAUUGGGAGAAAUGUGCAAAUGAGUCUUAUACAAUAUGACCCCGUCCCUCUGUUUUCAUUUCCAUUCUUUUCACAUGAGUAUGUUUGGUUCCUACUUAUGCUUUUGCAUAGCGCCAGCUGUUGUUGUAAUGACCUUCAGUAAGUGGCCAAUCCGUCUUGGUCACACUACUUAAAUAAGUUACAUGUCACCUUUACUGAACUCAUCUCCUGAAUACAGAAAGCUCUAGAGCUGUUUAGGAGGCAAUCUACUAAUUCCAAAUCUGAUAACAUAUUUGUGUAUUUAAGUACUGACAAGCAAAGAUUCACAAUAAAACAACAUUUUAAGAG